AUUAAAUAUACGCUCGUAGUGGCGCGUAGGGAGGAAGAAAACAGUUCGAUUAUUCAUUUCAUGUUGUGGGUGAAGCAUGCCAGAUUUGCCCACGCUAUUUGACUGCAGGCAUGUUGGUUGAGAGAGAGAGAGAGAGCUUUAGAAUCCCAGUUUUGGUUUGGCUGAUAUUAUCUUGAUUAAUUAAGCUUAGCAACUCUCUCUCUCUCUCUCUCUCUCUCUCUCUCUCUCUCUCUCUUGUAAAUUGCUGUCCAAGUACUCUUCUUUUCACAAUACUCAAACUUCCCAGUUGUAUACCAAGUCCUUUCUGGGUUAACUGAUUUUUGGGUCCUCUGUGUACUUUUAUUCUGAGAGCAAUAGUGGGUUGUUGAGGUUUGUGAUUUUUAGUUUGUGGGUGAUGUGGUUUGCCUUUCAAUGUUAAGGAAAGAUGGGUGCUUUCUCUGACCCAUUAAGAAUCUGAUACUUUUUUGGGUUUUGAGAGAACAAGGAAAUGAAGGAUUUUCCUGGGACGCCUGGGACUUUGACAGGGCUUCUUCUCAGGAUUUCCCAAUGCGUCUUUGCUGCUGGGUCUAUUGCUUCCAUGGCUACCACUGCCAGCUUCUUCAAUUUCACAGCUUUCUGCUACCUGAUUGCUUCAAUGGGUCUGCAAGUCAUCUGGAGUUUAGUGCUGGCAUUGCUAGAUGCAUAUUCCUUAGUGAAAAAGAAGGUCCUCCACAACCCUGUAUUGGUUAGCCUCUUUGUAGUUGGAGACUGGGUUACAGCAACACUGUCUCUUGCAGCCGCUUCUGCCUCAGCUGGCAUAACUGUGUUGUACUUUAGUGACUUGAGCCACUGCAAUUUUGGAGAGGAAUGUCAAAAAUACCAGAUGGCAGUUGCAUUGGCAUACCUGAGCUGGGUAACAAUUACAAUUUCUUCUCUAAUUAUGCUCUGGCUAUUGGCAGCAUGUUAGACCACUUGUUUGUAUAGGCCAUAGGAUUUGUUUCAUCUCAUUGUAGCCCUUCUUUGUCAUAUAUAUUUCUUCUUUUUUUUCUUCAGAACAGAAACAAGAAAUUGCAGUGUCAAUAGAAAAGGAAACAAACUGGAUAGAACAUAGCAGUACAAUAUUAAAAACUUACUCUCAUUAUGUUGUCUUUCCACUGGAAGAAGUGGGAUUAGAGUUGGGAAACAGUUGUAUCAAACUGGAAUUAUAAAAUGGAUAUACAUUUACUUGUAAAUUUGAAGGAUUAGCAGAAGGAAUUACUA